GGGAGUGCUGCGUCUAAUUUAUUGCUGGCUGAGCCGCCAACAACUCGCUACACUUACAUGAACAUUGCGAUACUCCAGCACUAUAGGCCAGGCUCCACAGAAAACUCAAUGAAUCAAUACGAGGUUUCGCUUUUUACAGCGUUAUUUGCUUUACUUCUUGUGGGUCUAUCAGAGUCAUCCCCCUUGAAUGAGCAAAGUGAAUUCAUCAUGAACCAGUAUAAGUUUCUACAACUUGCCGCCAUCUUCGCUUUUCUUCUUGUAAUUCUGACACAGUCAUCGCCUUUAGACAAAACCAGCCCUGUACAGAAGCGGCAAUCAGCAGACGUGAGACUGGCAGAGUUCAUGGCCUGGAUAGCACUCGCAGGAUGGAUGCCGCCCCGACGGUGUCGAAAGUUUGCCUGUGGGGUCGUCGAUCCGCUUCUAAGUGGCAAAAAGAAAAGAUCUGCAAGAAAUUUGUUGAAAUCAGCGCCAGCGUAAAAAACACUUUAGCAGAAAAAUUCCAAAGAGAAAUCAACAACAAAAACAACUUCAUCGGAUGAAAUUUAUAAAGAUAACAGAAUCUACGAUUAUGUUUUUUGGGAAUGAAUUACUAAAUAUAAUGUAAAUCGUUUAUAAAUAGCUUAACUAAAAUAUUUGCACAUCGGUCUAUGAUUCAAACAAAUUUUUACACAAAAAGGUUCUGUUUAAAAUAAAAACAUUUAAAACUGA